ACGGCUUUGGCUGCUGCAGCCAGAAAGAAGCAGUGAAGGAAACAGUGCGGCAGUUUGAGGACGCUCUCCUGCUAACAGUUUGUGUUUCUGCUCGUUAAUCGGAUAUUUAAUCCCGCACGCAGCCGAGCCGGAAAAACAUUUGAUACUCAUGGCGAUCUACACGGAUUAAUGGAAACUUGCCAAAGGUGGAAACUAAUUACAGGACAAAGCUGAAUGUAUUGAGAGGUGAAGCGUUUCCUUGGCGCCGCCGUGGAUCUGUGCAGGUGGAGGGUCACAUCACAUGGGAGUGUGCGACUGCACGCGUGACGGUGUGUGUUUAGGCCUCCUGCCGUCACUCGCUCCUCCCAGACAGGCAUGGCGGGGGGCAGGGAGCGCAGCGGCUCGAGGACGCAGAGGCCGUGGUCGGUGUACCGAGCCAACACACUGGAGCUGUCCAAUGAGAUGAUCAGCUUGGCGCUCGCAGGAAAUAGUCAGGACCCAGAUGAACCUGUGCUGGAAUUCAGUGUGGCAUGCACAGACCUGGUGACUCCUUCUCUGGACCGAAAACCCAACACCUUUGUAGCAGUGAGCUGCACGACGCCGCCGCAGGCCUUCUGGACCAAACACGCCCAGACUGAAGUCAUAGAGGGUACCAGUAACCCCAGCUUCCUCAGCAGCAUUGCCUUCUUCCAGGACUCCAACAUCAACCAGCUGACGCAGGUCAAACUGGCUGCGUAUGAUGUGAAGGAUCGCUCGCAGGGCACGAUGUACAUGUUGGGCUCUGCACUUUUCCCUGUGAAGGAGAUACUGCAAGAGAAGAGCCACAAAUUACAGCUCGAACUGCGAUCAGCAGAGAACCAGCGGGUAGGGAACAUCACUGUGGCGGCGUGGCAGAUGGAGGAAAGAACAGAUCAGAGGAUGUCGAUGGGACGUCUGCCAGAAAGUAUCAACGGCCGGACGGUGCUGCCUGUCGACGAGAGCCUGACGGAGUCGAUGGGAGUCCGAAUCAAGUACGCCUCGUUGUGCAAAGAUACCCUGCUGCGCUCAGUGUUUGGCGGCACGAUGUCGAGGAUGUACCGCUUCCCCACCACUGAUGGGAACCACCUACGAGUGCUGGAGCAGAUGGCCGAAAGCGUCUUGUCUCUAAACAUUCCCAGACAGUUUGUCAAACUGCUGCUGGAGGAGGAUGCAGCCAGGGUUUGUGAGUUGGAGGAGUUGGGAGAGUUGUCCCCCUGCUGGGAGAACCUGCGGCGGCAGAUCGUCUCUCAGUACCAGAACAUAAUACUCGCUUACCAAGAGACACUGUCUGACCUCAGUGAAUACAGAGGCCCAUCAUUCAAAGCCAGUAACCUGAAAGCAGACAAGAAGCUGGAGUUCAUGCCCACUAACCUUCACGUUCAGAGGAUGAGGGUGCAGGAUGAGCUGGGUUUUGAACAGACAUAUGAUGUGGUAACAGUCGGCGCCCCGGCCGCUCACUGCCAGGGUUUUAAGAACGGCGGUCUGAGGAAGAUCAUCCAGAAGUUCGAGGAAGCAAAGAAACACGUAUAUGAGGAGGAAUGUAGCGCCCUCUCCAGCUCUCAGUCCAUCAUCUACAUACCCCAGGACAUUGUCCGAGCCAAAGAGAUCAUCGCCCACAUCAACACGCUGAAGACUCAGGUCAGCUACUACGCAGAGAGGCUGUCUCGAGCUGCCAAAGACCGAUCGGCCAGCGGACUGGAGUGGACGCUCGCCAGUCUGGCUGAUAAGACCCGUCAGCUGGUGACAGUGUGCGACUGCAAGCUGCUAGCUUCAGCUAUUCAGGCCCUGAACGCAGCGCGGCCCGAGUACAUCGCCUCCAAAGCGUCUCCUUCAGCUGAGUCCGAACAAGUAGUGCUCCGCAACGACCAGGAUACACUGACAGCAAAGUACAGCGGUCGCAACAGCCGGUCUUCACUGCAUGUGGACUGGCACGAAGAGGAAUGGGAGAAGGUGUGGUCAAAUGUGGAUAAGUCUCUGGAGUGCAUCAUCCAGCGCGUCGACAAGCUGCUUCAGAAAGAGAGGAGACCCAGCGUCGGCAGUCAGGACAGUACCCAGAGUGACCAGCAGGGUGGCAGCAGUAAGAAAGGCGAUGGUGGGAAGUGUUUAGCUUUCUGGAUCAACCCAGAAAGUACGUCAGGGGAAUCUCCAUCCUUACCAUCAUCAUCAUCAUCAUUAGAACCACCUCCACCAUCAGCAUCAUCAUCUCCACCACCAUCCUCUUCCUCUCAGCUUGCCCUCUCCUCUGCACGGCCUCCCAGCCCCGAACAGAAAACCUAUGGAAGCCCCAAUGCUGAGGAGGCGUAUCCAGGCGAGUGGAGCGAGGCACUGUACCCUCUCCUCACCACGCUCACGGACUGCGUUGCCAUGAUGAGCGACAAAGCCAAGAAGUCUAUGGUCUUCCUGCUCAUGCAGGACACCGCUCCGACGAUAGCCAUGGACGUGUCACUGCAGUACCGCCGCGACAUUGUCUUCUGCCAAACGCUCACCGCUCUCAUCUGCGGCUUCAUUAUCAAGCUGAGGAACUGUCUCCGUGACAACGGAUUCCUGCGACAGCUCUACACCAUCGGCCUACUUGCUCAGUUUGAGUCCCUGCUCAGCACCUACGGAGAGGAGCUCGCCAUGCUGGAGGACAUGAGCAUCGGCAUAAUGGAUCUACGCAACGUCACCUUUAAGGUCACCCAAGCAACCGGCACCUCCACCCCCGAGAUGCUGCCGAUCAUCACAGGUAACCGGGAUGGCUUCAAUGUCCGCAUCCCGCUGCCGGGGCCCAUGUUCGAAGCCCUGCCCCGAGAGAUCCAGAGCGGCAUGCUGCUGCGGGUGCAGCCGGUGCACUUCAACGUGGGAAUCAACGAGCAGCAGACGUUGGCCGAGAAGUUUGGAGACACAUCCCUGCAGGAGAACAUAAACUCUGAGAGUCUCUCCAGACUGAACUCGUACUACGAGCAGUUCAAAGAAGUCCUGCCGGAGGACUGCCUCCCGAGGUCUCGCUCUCAGACGUGCCUUCCUGAACUGCUCAGGUUUCUCCGGCAGAAUGUCAACGCCAGGAAAAACAAGAACGUAGACAUCCUGUGGCAGGCUGCGGAGAUCUGCCGGCGGCUGAACGGCGUUCGCUUCACCAGCUGCAAGAGCGCCAAAGACCGCACCGCCAUGUCCAUCACGCUGGAGCAGUGCCUGAUCCUGCAGCAUGAGCACGGCAUGGCGCCGCAGGUCUUCACGCAGGCCCUCGACUGCAUGCGCAGCAUUGGCACGAGGGAGGGGGUGAUCCAGAAGAACCUGAGCGGCUUGCUGCCAGUGCGUGACUUCCGGCUGGACCCCAGCCUCAUGUACUCCCUGCCCCUGCUGGCCCUCAGCCCCAACCUCCUGGUGGUGUGGAUCUUCCUCAGCAUGGCCUACUUCCUGGCCAAACUGCGCUGCAGCUGAGCGAGCAGCUCUACGCUGGAAGUGACCAAAUGUCAAACGUACUGCGAGGGUGGGCGGGGACUCUCCACGCUGACUCCCCGGGGUGUUUCUGAAACUGUGCCACUGACCUGUGAGAGGGGUGUAAUCAGCUCACACACACUGUCCCACCCUCACUAAGGGCUGUACGCGACUUACGUCCCACUUAUCAGCAGCCACGCUUUGGGCUUUUUCUUUCUUUUCUAUUCUUUAAACAUCUUUUUCUUUUUUCUAUUAAAAACCUGUCAUAGCUCAGGGGUGUCAAACUCAUCUUAUUCGUGGGCCACUAACCCAAUCCUGUGAUCCUAACAGGACCAGAAGGCUAACCUCUUCCCACUCCCCUAAACCUCCAAAUUGUUCUUAAUGUAAUGAAUUGAUCUGAUUUAUAAAUCUGAUAAACUCUCUGUGAUAUCUUGAACUCCUGAGACCCUGCAUCAUCAUACAGGGAUAUAUGGUAACAUAUUUACUUUUCAUUCUUCUUAAUAAAGUGUUUAUCUUUUCAAAAAAAACAAUGAUUACUUUAUUCUGUUGGGCUGUCAAAGAAAUAGUGGAGUUAAGAUUAGGUCCAGCUAAUCGUAAAUCGCUAAGAAAAAUUAAAAAUGCAUCCCUAACGAGAGCUCGGGUGUCUGGAGGUUAAGGACAGAGUACAACGAGAAGACGUCCUCAGUCUUGCAGGUCUAGCGACCCCUGCCUGUCAACCACCAAUAGUUAUGGAAAAAUGUGCAGCACCCACUUUGGUGGGCCUUUUGAAAUGUUCAGAUGACAUUUUUUUUGUCUCCAUUACAAGUUUUACACCUUUCAGUUUCACUGCUGCUUAGUAAGCAGUUGCAGACAAGUUGUCUCACUUGCAAAAUAUGAGUGACUCCUGGCUAUCCAGUAGCAGCUACAACAGUGACGUUUGUAGCGCAGCACCGUGUACGUCUUUGCAACCACUUGGCAACCUAUUCAGUAAUGCACAUUUUUCCCUAGCAACCUGUGGUUGCCAGGGAUUCACCAACUGGUUUCUAGUUCUGUGUGCCUGAGGUCUUACUGGCCUAGUUCUAUCCCACUUGUUUGACACUCCUGAUAUAUUAAUUAUGUUGCCUACAUUUGAGUGUGAGGCCACAUGCCAUGUUCACACUAAGCCUGCUGAAUGUGAAUUCUACAUGAUUCCAUUCAUGUGUUUUUUUUUGUUUUUUUUUUAGGAUGAUAUUCGUCCACGUGUACACGCCGAAAUUACCCAGAUUAUUUCCUUCUCUUCUCUUCUCUUCCCUUUUUUUUUUUUUUUUUUUUUUUUUUUGUCCAGGAUUAAGAUAGCAGACACUGCUGUUUUAAACUCACGAUUCACUUGUCACUACAGUCCAAAACGCUGCCACGUGAUUAAUCCUUUUUUUGGGCUUUUAUGUGAAAUACUAAAUUUUAACCAUUACGAUGUCCUAAAUCUCCAAUUCUGUUUUCUUUACUGAGGUUUAACCAAACAUGCAUUUUUCUAAGACUUUACAGAAACUAACGCUGCAAUUUUCAGAUUCAGUGUAUCUGAAAAGCUCAGUUUUGUCCGCAUGGACGGUAUUUGCCAAAAAGAGGACUUUCAAAAAAAAUCUGGCUGGCUCCGUGUGAACAUAUAACACAAAGCCAUUAAAAGACAUUAAGAUAUUACCUUUAGUAACUCACAGGAUUAUCCACUUCCAGUACUGCCUAAUGAGAGUGUAUUACUUCUUUCUUAGUGUAUAGCGCCCUCUGAUGGACAUAUUUUGCUCCUUUGUGAUGGUCAGUUAGUACUCUGCCUUACCCUUCACUGGUGGAAGGUGACAGUUUAUUGUAAAGAGUGUAUAAUGUGUAUAAGGAUAAGCAGAUGAUAUCUAAACUUUGCUUUCAGGAAAGACCCACAGUAGCAAUCAGAUGAUUAUUUUAUUCAUGAUUUAAGCUCAGCGCAAACAGCUUAUAUCAUCAAAACAUUUUCUGGAACAUUUGAUUUAUCAUUGUCUUCCAUGUGCUUUUGCACUUGCCCUACACGCUAAUGUGGAGGAACCUAAAGCUUUUAUCUCGUGCCAAAUGAAGCAAGUACGCACUUGCUUAGAUAUAUAUUUUUAAGGCAGCAUUUGCUUGUUUUUGUUUCUUUUGGUCUUCCUGCUUCUUUAUAGACGGUGGAAGCAUUUUCCUGCUUCUGCCUGAGCUUUUGCACUUUCCAGCAGAUCCGGGUCUGUCUCUGUCUUUGUUUAGAUCCAGCCUAUUGAAAUGUUUAUGUGAGGCAGUGUUAGUGUUAGGAAUCACCUGAUAGCCCUGUUUAAUCAGAAAAAAUGAACUGAACCCAUUAACUGAUCGUUUACUUGAUGGACAUUAAACACUUGUGCUGCUGAUAUGAAAACUAUGCUAGUUCACAUUCAUUUAGCCUUAAACAAAAAGUCCCGUGACAUGUGUGACCCAUUUUAAGAGGAGUUCACUGAGCAGGAAUACUGCUCUGAACUGUGUCGACUAAAUGCGUAUUGGCACAAGUACAAGCAGUAUUUCGAACUCCUAGCACACCCACAAAAAUAAAAAUAAAAUCAUAAAAGCUGAAAUAUUGUCGCUAGUAGACGGAACAAUCUAACAGUCUUAUAUGGAGUGUAGAGCGUGCCAAAAUAAGUAACAUCAAUAUGAAAGCUGUUAUUUUUUACGUUCAAACCAGUGUUAAAAAAUAGAUGUGGAAAAAAAUAUUUAGUUAACUGGAAUAAAAUGAACAACUAGACUUUUGAAAAAGAAAACUACUUGAAAUGAUGCAACCACAUAGCUGCCUUAAAAUAAAUAACAAUACACUGGAAAUGUCUUUGCAGUUAAUUUGGUCUUAAUUUAAGUCUAAAUAUGAUAAAUGUCUGCUGUAAAAGUUAGCAAAAUAAAAAUAACUACAACUAAUGUAAACUAAAAAAAACUUUGAGUUUCUCUUUAAUUAAUUCCUUAUUAAAAUUAAAGCUGCCCUGCUUAGUAGAUUCAAUGUCGAAAUGCUCAUUUAGUAGUGAUGGCGAUACUGAAAUAUCGAUUCCUCCGAUACCAGUCAUUUAUGUUCUAGAAUCGAUUCUCACAUUAAAAUAUCGAUAUUUUAGUAAUUUAGGGUAAAUUUGUAGUUUAUCAUUAACAGGAACACAGUGGAAAGAAACUAUAUCAUUCGGAUUGUCUACAUUGGAAGGAACUACUUCCUCUUCUGCCUUUCAUAGGUACGUAUGUAGGUAUGUUCAGGCCUAUACUUUAGUGGCACAAUUUACUGUCUUUGAGUCCAGUGUUUUGUAUUUGCAUUGCACAGCUUUACUGUUUUACUUUUCUCCUGCUGCUCUUUAGUGUCAGCUGUUUCCCCCAUGAGCUGGUGGAGACCAAAAAUGGAGCAAAAACUUUGAUUACAGUAGUCACAGUAUUAGCUCCUCUUCUUUUUCUUCCUCCUAGCGUUAUUCCCACUCUGCGGGGUCUGCUUUUCUGCAAAGCCGCCUCCAUUUGGCACGGCCAAGGGCGUCGUUCAGGUUGGCACUGAUCUUCUUCACGUUGCCUUUAAUUUGGUCCAUCCAUCACCUUUUUGGUCUGCCCCUUGGUCGCCGUCGCAGUGCUGUUCUUGCCACAGAGUUUUAAUCACCUCUGACCACGUGCCCAUAUCAUCGCAAUUGCACUCCUUGCAUCUUCUCUGUGAUUGGUGCAAUACCCAGCCGCUUCCGGAUGUCGAUGUUCGUGACGUGGUCCUAUUGUGUCAGGCCCAGGCACCAUCGCAGCAUCCGCAUUUCCAUUGUGUUCGUGCUUUGCGGUGGCUGGCCAACACUCUGAUCCAUAAAGGGCCACAGGGCGCACUACACUCUUGUAGAUCUUUGACUUGAGGUGGUCGGGCAUUCAUCGGUCGCACAGGACACCAGUGACUUGACGCCACUUCAUCCAGGCCUCAUUAAUCCUGGCUCGUACGUCUGGCAGGAUGUCGCCGUCAUCGCCAUCACAGUAUUAGCUCCUAAUGCUAGUAAUAUUUAUUAAAAGAAUCACAUAUUUAACUAAAAGCAACAUUUUGAAUUGUACCCCUUUGAUCAGUUAAAAUUCAAGUCAGACUACACAGCAAUAAUAUGACCCAUAAUUAACCAGAAUACUUUUAAUUAUCUUUUACUGUCUUUACUGCCAAAACAAAAAAAGUCCUGUAGCCUGGAUUUGCUCAUUAUCAUUAAAGUGACCCUCUCAAGUUUAAAGUUUAGGCAUGAGUGGCUGUUUUGUCAUUCUUUUAUCUCUUCAUGGACUCAGGUUUUUCCAGUCUGGCUGAGUGUUAUUUAUGGGUUCAGUUCAUUUAUAAGACACCGUCACAUCCUGGUGUUCACCUGCCCAGAGGCUGAGACUGGCCAGCGAUGGCUCUCUUCAAACACUUUAAUUGGUCCCAGUGUGCCAAAAUAGAUGCAGUAAGUCAGCGAUUCGACCCACAUCUGCUCUGCAGCUUUCAGGACAAUGCAGUCGAGAUCAGCUCUGUCUCACCGACUGACAGAACUGAUCUCUGCGUACUUCAGGAUGCAGCUUGUAACUGGAAUGUAUGAUUGUAGGAUAUUCAGGGGAAAUGUGUUUGCAUUGCUGCAGCUUGUGAACCCUUUAGAGCAUUUAUCUGUACCAGCCGAUAUGUUUACAUGAGCUUUAUAGAGACAGUAGAGUGUUUGAUGAGUAAUGUGAGGUGUUAAGAUGCAAAGAGUUUAGGCUAUUAAAGAUGGGAUGUCUGCAUUCAUUUUGGCUUAUGCAUCCUAGAAACAAGGGACCAAUACACAAUGCAGUGUGUGUCCCUCUUGUUUCAGGCAUUCUUGUGUCAAAUAAAGAUCCCAAUGUGAUGAUUUCUGUUAGCUGAUUAACUGUUGUUUCUAGUCUUACCUUGCCAACAGUCCAGAACCCAAAGAUAAUUUGCUUACUAACAUAUUUUUAAAAUAGCAAAUUUACCAUUAAAAACACAAAUAUUUGGCAUUCAUGUUUAAUAAAUGGCUAAAAUAAUAAAAAUACAUGCCAACUAAUUAAGCCACUGGAUCAUCAGUUAAUCAUCUUCUUGAUUUUAUCUAACUUUAUGCACUUUUAAUAGAGCUUCCUAUAAGAAUGUUGUUUUGAUGUUUGAUAUGCCCACUGUUAAUUAUAUCAUUGUAUUAUUAUGAAGAGCCUUAUUUCCCAGUUACUAACUCCAUGGCUUCCAUGAUAUUUUGGUUAUAUUGAGAAUGAAGUAAACGGGACCUACUUUGCUUUUUUUCUUAUUUAGUUUUAAAUAUAUAUAGCCCCUUUUCCAUUAGUGCCUACUCGUGUCGUCUCGCUACUAUUUACUGGGUUUUCCAUUAGGUGGUACCUGGUACCAGGUACUGGUUUUUUUUUUUUUGGUUUUUUUUUUAGCACCUACUUGCUCAGGGUUCCAAGCGAUCCAGGGCGAUCUAAAAAUGUGACAUCAACAGACUGCAUGCCACCUAUUGGCUCGUCAGUGACGUCACUCAAUGAGUCAUUAGAGCGUCUCCCUCAGGAAAAUCAAAACUGCCACUUUUAAAACCCGUGGACUUUCAGGUGAGGGUGCUCUUAGGUCUCAAUCACCCAGGCUUAGAGAACAGUUGCCAAUGCCUGGUAACCACAGUUCACUGGGGAAAAAUUAGGGUUCCCUAACUAACUGCGAGUGCUUGUCGGCAUUCGCAAGUGGAAAUUGAUUGUUAACCCUGUUCAUGCAGUCACACUGAUGGCUAGUUACCCCCUAAUUGGAAGGGGAAAGGGUGUAUUCUCUAACCAGUUGGUGAUUGAUUGCUGGGGGUUGCUUGUUGUUGCUAGGUUGUAAAGUAUAUGGUGCCCUACUGAAAACCUCCUUGUCAUUGCUUUGGUUCUGAGCAGAUUGUAACUUUUCAUGUUUCAUUCAAACCAGAAACUCAGAAAAUUUGCCUUCAAAGUAAAAGUUGUUGGUUUCAGUUUUAAAACUACAGUUGCACUAGGGAUAAGGUUACAGACUGUAGCACAACCAAAAUUAUGACAACUGUGGGCAUUGAACUUGCAGUGGCUAGUUGAAGACUGGGAAGCUACAUCCAGAUGAACAGAGUCAGCUGUCUGGACUUUUCUUACCUGGAUAACUGAGCGCGGAACGAGGACAGACCAAAGCAAUCGCAGAGAGGAUUUUGUUGCAGCUGACUUCAUGCAAUGAUAGCCAGCAACCUCAUCAAAUAUGUCAAGAAAUAGAUGAUUUUCCUUUGAAACCUGUCAGGGGUUGCUGACCAGUCUCUAGGCCUGUGUGACUGUAGCCUUAAAGAGAAAGUUAGGGACAGAAGAUAAACUGAGGGACCUCUGUGAAAUAUUAAGUAUAUCUGAACUGUGAGCCAUCCAUAGCUACUCUAAUACAGUGUGCCAAUAAAAUCAUAGAGCUGGAAACAAGCAUAGUAGGUCCUCUUUAACAAUGUAUGUGGAAACUGUGUUAGAAACCAGAAGCACUUAGAUUGUUUUACAUAUUGGAAAUCUGUAAUGUAAAAAUCAAUAUCUUUGCUUGUAAAGCUAACCAUCAGCAUCGGUCGCCUCCCUAGAGUUCAGAGGCUCUGCCUCAUUAAGAUCGACCCAGUAUGGAAAUGGAUCAGACUAAAAUAGCUUCCUUUGGGGAGCUUACCCAUGCUGAUGACCUCUAAGUCAUCAGUCACAUACUACAGUAAAAUGAUCCUUCCUGUAUGCUUUCUUUUGGAUCCUGAAAAUAUUGAACAUCUUUCAGACUGCUUUGAGAAAUGUUUUGUGUCACAGGAAAUGCAGUAUACGUGUAGUAAUUUCAGUAAAAUAUCAGUCUUGUGCUUUAUAUUAAAAGAAUAAUAUUAAAUUUGGGGAUUUACUUCCUGGAAGGUUAGUGAGACGAUUGGUACCAUUUUUAAUAAAGCGGCUAGUUAGCUUAAUUUAGCUAAUCUUAUAAAACUAAAAGUUGUUUUUAUUCUUUAAAUAUUUAACAAUCUUACAUUGUUAAUGUAAUUACAGUUGGGAUACUGUGUAAAAUGUGAAUAUAGACAGAAUACAAUGAUUUGUAAAUCUCACAUUGAUAUUUUAUUCACAGUACAACAGAGAAAACAUACAAAGUUUAAACUGAGAAAUAAAAAUAUUAGCUUAAAUUGAAUUUGAUGGUAGCAACAUGACACAGGGCAGUGUUUACUGCUGUGCAGCAUCCCCUCUGCUUUAGCAGUCUAUAAAUAUCUGUAAACUGAGGAAACUAACUUUUAGACUUUUGGGAGAGUCCAUUUACUUCUGAGAAACUCUGCCCGUCUAUAAUGGUACAUUUUCUCAGUUUAAACAUAUUUUUCCUAUGUAAAGAAAAUGGGAGUUUAUGAGAUUUGUAAGUCAUCAUAUGUUUUUAUUUACAUUUUAUGUUGUGUCCUAACUUUUUUGCUCAUAAAGGAAAGGGCCUUUAGUCUUUAAAGCUGCUGGUUGGUGGAUUUUGUUUCUUUUGAACUCAGCCAGGCUAGCAUUUUAUUCCUUUUUACCCAUUUUGUCUAUUAGCUGUAAGCUAGCUUAAUGUUUUAAAGUAAGACUAAAAAUAAAGCUGGGUAAAAGGCUUUGUGAAAAGCUACAAAAGGUAUUUUGAAAAUCCACCAGCACCCUUAAAGCUCUUUUUUUUUUAAAAUCUUUAAUUAAUAUAAAAUAUGUUUGUUUGUUUUUUUAUAAACAAUAUAGCUAACUAAAGCUAACUAUCUGCGGGCGGAAGCUUAGCAUGCUAAUGUGAGUGUGGGGUCAACUUUUUUUUUUUUUUUUUUUAGCUCAAAUCC